GAUCAACUUUUCUAAUUAUUAUUCUCUUUCAAAUGAAUUAUAAAUCAAGUGUUGUCACACAUUAUUAACACGCAGAAUUGAAAUCCAGCGGCGCCGCCGUUGUUUGGGCGGACAUUUAUUCCCGCGGCUGAAACGCCAAAAAUCCAACGGCCACAAUCAACAAUCAUCGCAAUUUAUUACUUCACACGUAAAAUAAAAAUCCCAAUUAAUUUUUGACAAUUCCCAAUUUCAAAUCCAACGGCCACCAUCAAUUGUCCAGUCACUAUAAAUUGGGGGCAACAGAAAAAAAAUCCACCGCCAUUGAAGUUCAACACGCGGAGAUCAGUCUCCGGGAAAACAUCUGUGUCAUUAUCAACGACGAGUAUGUUGCUGAGAAGCUCGUCCGCUCCAAUCCUGAAUCCAUGGCUACCAAUUUCAGCUUCCGGGUCCGGGUCGUCGCCGGAGCCCGAUACCCUGCCCCAGUUAAAGCGAACGCCGUCGCUCUGCCUGACGACGUCGUUUGAGGAAUUCUCCGGCAGAAUCACGCCGAAGAAACUCGUCUUCGAUUCGGAAUCAAAAGAUCCGCUGAAUUCCAGGAAGAGCUCGAAGCUUCCCGCCACCCCGAAACCCUCAAAAAUAAUCAGGGAGAAAAGAGGAGGGCACGAUGCGGCGGUGGCGGAGAUGGAGAAAAUGUCGCAGACGCUGGUGGUGGGCGGCGGAGGCGGAAGUAGGGGUGGCGGAAGUGGUGGGAGAGGGUCGAGUGACGGGUCGGGUUCGGGUCAACAGGAUCCGGGGAAUUGGAACGGGCGCGAGAUUACGGAUGCUUACUAUGAAACUAUGAUCGAAUCUAAUCCGGGGAAUCCUCUCUUGCUUGCAAAUUAUGCUAAAUUUUUGAAAGAGGUUAAGAGAGACUUUAGAAAAGCGGAGGAGUAUUGUGGAAGGGCAAUAUUGGCGAACCCCAAUGAUGGCAAUGUGUUAUCACUCUAUGCUGAUCUAAUAUGGCUUACGCAUAAAGAUGCCGAUCGAGCCGAGUCUUAUUUCGAUCGAGCCGUUAAAACCGACCCCGAUGACUGUUAUGUGAUGGCUUCAUAUGCUCGAUUUUUGUGGGACGCGGAGGACGAAGAAGACGAAAAGGAAGAGGCCGGAAAGAAUUUAUAUGAAGCAGAGAUAAGUAAUGCACCUUCCAACUUCUUCCAUGAUAAUUCUCAUUGGCCUCCUUUUGCUGCAGCUUCUUAAUACAUACAUAAAUGUAUGUACGUAUAGUAUAUGUGUAGUUAUAUAUAUGUAAUUAUGUAUGCAUGCUAUUAAUUAGCUUGUGUUUUUGGUGAUGAGAUACAGUGGAAAGAACUAAUGGAAAUAUAUAUAUGAACCAUGGUUUUGGCCUUGUAUAGCCUCUUUUUC